CACUUCCUCUUCCUCUUAAUACAUAGACAGAUAACAGUUAUACAGACUGACAGUUGUUUCCUGCGAAUAGAAUCGUAGAAGGUGGACAGGAAGAGAGGUGUCACAACAAAGGUGGCCCUAUUAGGCUACCGAAUAUAGGAGAGCCAGCCCGGGCAGUCCCGCAGCCGAGCGCAGCCAGGCGCGCGCCGACGCCCACUCCGCCCUGUGCCUGCUGCAGCCCGAAAGUGACCCGGGCUGGGAGCGGAGGGGACAGCGAAGAUAGCGAGCUCCGGCCUGAGCGAGCGGGCGUGUCAGCCACGGGAGGACUACCUGGAGGACAUGGAGGAAAGACCCGCCGCCGAGACCAACUCCAAUGUGGACAGCUCAGCGCAGCCUUCGGUGGCCCAGCUGGCGGGGCGGUUUCGGGAGCAAGCAGUUGUGGCCAGGGACCCGACACCAGCCAGUAAACCAACAAGAAGGAAACCACCCUGCUCCCUACCCCUGUUCCCCCCAAAGGUAGAGCUGGGCCAGAAUGGUGAGCAGAAAUCGCCGUCCAGCGCCAGCCACCCCCCUAAAAUCAAGGUGAAGAGCUCACCUCUGAUCGAGAAGCUGCAGGCCAACCUAGCCUUUGACCCAGCAGCUCUCCUGCCUGGGGCUUCCCCCAAAAGUCCUGGACUCAAGGCCAUGGUGUCACCAUUUCACAGCCCCCCCUCCACACCCAGCAGCCCUGGCCUUCGCUCUCAGCCAGGUGAGGCAGAAGAGGUGCCUGUGAGCUUUGACCAGCCUCCGGAGGGGACUCACCUGCCCUCUUACAACAAGGUUCGGACUAGAGGCUCGAUAAAAAGACGUCCUCCCUCCCGGCGAUUCCGAAGGUCUCAGUCGGACUGUGGGGACCUCAGAGAUUACAGGGCUGUGGAAGCGUCUCAGGAAAACGGUGCCAGGGAUGAGAAUGGAGAUGAUGUAUUCCCUAGUAAAAGCAAGGCCCCCGGGUCCCCCACACCCAACCAGGAGGCCAUGGGAGACGGGGUGGAGAGGACCCUGGGGGCUGCUGAAAAGCCUUUGAGGAGGAGCAUGCGCAACAGCACAGAGAAGCCAGAGGAGCAGAUCGGGACCCCAGAGGAGGCCAAUGCUGGAGAGAAGGCUGGACAGAAUCCAGACACAGCUAGCCAGGGCAGUCCUGAGGUCCCGGAGUCACCCCAAACCUGCAGCCCACAGUCUGAGAAUGGGUGUGGAAGCCCACUGGAAGAGUCCGCCCCUGGAGAGCAUACAGACACUGGGAAGGCCACAGCAGGGACAGCCUCCGAGGAGAGGGUAGCAGAUGAAGAGGACAGGCUCGGACAAAGAAGCCCAGAUGCGAAUACGCUGGAGGAGGGGGCUGAAAUCAGGGAGAAGGCUCCGCCAAGUUCUUCUGGAAGGAUAGAGGGCAUCAUUGGUGCAGAUCCGGAGACAAAGCAAAAGGAAGGGGCACCUCAGGAGCUGAGCUGCAGCCCGGGGGCCCACCAGGCCCCAGCAGAGACCAGCAACGAGAUCCAGAAUGAUCACGGCGUCCCCAAGGAUGGCAUGCCCAUGGAGGAUACUCGAAUGUGAUGAAGAGCUCUUGGUGUCAGUGACGAGGCCACCGGAGGCAUCCCCUUGGAAAUGGCCGCAACAAUGGCAGCAGCGGCAGAGCAUGAAGCCACUGCAGACGCAGACUACACUGAGCAUCUGGACUCAGCCCGGGAGGCGGGGGGGGGGGGAUUGUCCCCCGUCGGCCACGCCAGAGGCUUCCUCCUUGGGGAUGAGCGUUGAGGACAGUAGAGUUUUAUCAACUGGAGUCUGUGUCAUUUGAUGGACUUGACUCAGAGUGAGACGUUUUUAAAGGACUCUGCUUUGGUCCCCACUCCUCGGCCAUGCUGGCCAUUCUUUGCUCGCCCAGCUCUUCCUGCAGCUGACCUCCCAACUAGGCUCUUGUUGAAAUUGGGUGAAGUUACUGCCUUUUCAAUGUUCUAAAGUUUUUAUGGGUUCUCAGAGGUAACUUAAACCAGUUUUAGAUAAAGAGGAUAGUCUUAUGGAAAAUAAAAUCCUCUAAGUGACAGAGAACUGAAAACAUAUCAAAGCCCUCAAGACCGCCAACCAAUUUCAAAAGCAUCGGACUCAAAGAGAUAUUUAUUAAAACAUUUGAAAACUUGUUCCUUUCCUGUCACGUAGUCCGGCCGAUGACAAGAAGGGGGUGACUGGCCCAUUUCAUCCCAUCCUGCCGAGGCACAGGAAUUCCUGUGGCUUUGUGCUUCAUUUCCUCCCCUGAAGGUGCCAUAGUAUGCCUGCCUGAUGCUACCAGCAUGGGUCACACUCUUCCACAAUGUUACACUUGAACAUGAAAUGGACUGACUUUGAGAGUCCACAGCUCAUCGUCUUCUGAGAACAUCUCUCUUAGUUUCUCUAGGAAGGUUUUAUUUGUUUGAUUUCCUUUUUUUUUUUUUUAAUUUCACUAUGUAGCCUUCAACUCACUAUGUAGCCCAGGUUGGACUUGAACUCAUGAUUCCCCCUGCCUCUGCCUCAGGAUUGUAGGGAUGCAUCACCAUGCCCGGCUCUCAGUAAGCAUCCAAGUCCAAGUUCUUCUCCUGGACUCAGAAGGCGCGAGAUCGGGUUCUGCCUGUUUGCAUCAGGAACUCUCAUCUGGAGAUGAAAGAGGGUUUGCAGGGAUGGGGGUCUGAUACCCAUUCCUCUGAUACCCUCGCCUCCUCCCUUCCUCUCCCGUUUUCACACACUCCUGCUGAAGAAAUGUUAAACUAAAUAAAUGAUGAAUCUUCA